AUGCGUAGGGCACCCCGGCUGACGCUUCCCUGCAGAAGUGAGUGCCUGCAGAGCACAUGGGAGAAAGCCUACCAAGAUCACAGGAAAAAGGUCCGUGAGGCCCAGCCACUCGUGGACACCCGUGCCCCGCUGUCUCUCAGCCACCUCCACCUGAACCUCAAGAAACUGAAGCUGGAGCAGGAGAGGCUCUCCGUCAUUGACAGGGACAACCGCCUGCUGCUGGAGAAGGUGUCCUGCAUCAUGAGGACCAAGGGACAGACUGACAGCAGAAACAACUACACACACAGGAGUCUAAACAGAGGGGGAAAGAACAGGAACUUCGCAGGGUUCAAAGGAAAAGCAAUGUGCGGCAAAGAGAAAACAAAAUCAUUUUGGGAAAGAUCACAAACUCAGAGCCAUCGUGUCAAGCUCGAAAAUGGCAAGAAGCCUGGGCAAGGACUGAGAAGCACCAGCAGGCCCUCUCGGAGCAUCCUGGGCGUCGGCAGGCAGGCCAUGGGAAAAGGUACCUGUGGUUUCUUUUUCGUUUUAAACCCAUAG